CUUGUAGAAUUUUGGUUUCUCCGAGACAUUUACAAAACAAGUGUAAACAUUUCCGGUCAUGCCACUUACUUGAAGCAUGAGAAAGCCACAGUGUGAGGACAAUGCCUAGGUUCUCAUGGCAUCAGGUUUUCAGUUUUGAAUAUGGUCAAAUAACCAAUGACCCAUUGCCCACUGACAUCUGCCCAGCACCAGAGUGAAGAUGAAGUUACUAAGGCACCGCAUUGCCCAGGUCUACUAUACUCAUGGGCUGUUUUGUGCCAGUCACCCCUACUCCAUUCUCAUCACAGUGUGCACUAUCAUCCUUAUUACAUGCUAUCCUCUCAUUAAUCUCCCACUACCAGGGAAUGCACCCCAAGAGUUUAAGUCACAGCUAUCCAGUUAUUCAGUUCCCUCCAGAGUUUAUACAGCAGCUAAAGAAAAUGAAUCUGAUGAGGAUCUCAAGCGACCAAGAUGGUAUGUGGGCCCUCCAGUAGGCUUUGUCCAACAAUUUGUGAUUAAGUCUGCUGUGUCACCAUGGCAUCCUCAGCAGAUGAUACCCACUGAUGCGUUUCGGGCUCCACUUAGCAGAGUCUUUCAAGUUUUGCAUGAAGUUGAAAGCUUUCAGCAUCAAACCCGGGAUGGCAUGCAGGCAAUUCAAGACAUAUGUCUCCACAUCUCGGAGCCCAUCUCCUCAGGGCAUAUUAAAAACCUGUUACCUCAAUAUUCCUGCUUCAUGGUGUCUCCUGCUAACUUGUGGCACAGUGAUCAUAGGAGAUUCAGCAAAGACCCAGAAAUUAUAAAAACAGUUUAUCAAAAAUAUGGUCAAACAAUUGAGACACCACCAACUAUUAAAGAUUUGCUCUUUGGCUUGCCCUGGAAAGACACUGGCAUCAGCAGGUAUUUCAUUAGAAACAGGCAGCGUGUCAUCUCCUAUGCCAUCACAAUAAUCUUAAAAAAGUAUGAUAAAGGGUUUAUAAGUGCCCUGAGGGAAAGACUUGAAAGGGCAUUCCCAGAAACUUCUCUCAAUGUGAACAAUACAGAGGUAGACAGCUUGGUACACGUGCAUUACAAAGACUUCAAUUACAUUGUGGAGUAUACACCACUUCUCGUCACUUAUUUUGUGCUGCUGUUGUACAUCUACUUUUCAGUUCGCAAGAUCGAGAUGGUGAAGUCUCAGUUUGGUCUGGCUGUCAGUGCUGUGGUAACAGUUGUCUCAUCCCUCUUCAUGUCCUUGAGCUUGUGUUUUUUCUUUGGUCUGAACCCUACCCUCAAUGGCAGUGAAAUCUUCCCAUACCUUGUGAUGCUUAUUGGUUUGGAGAACGUUCUGGUCAUCACAAAAUCUGUGGUUUCUACUCCAGUCCACCUAGAUGUCAAAAUCAGAGUUGCUCAAGGGCUGAGCAAGGAAGGUUGGUACAUUACAAAAAACUUGUGUACAGAGUUGUUUAUUAUCUUCAUUGGAUUCUUCACUUUUGUUCCAGCCAUACAGGAAUUCUGUUUGUUUGCUCUUGUGGGUUUGUGGACAGAUUUUUUCCUGCAAAUGUUGUUCUUUGCAACUAUCUUGUCAGUUGAUAUUCGACGCAUGGAGUUGGCUGAUCUACAUCGUCAGAGUGUACAGCAGGGCCCUGAACAGGACUUGUCAACAUCAAUCCAGCCCCUGAUUCAGUGUCCUUUUGCCUCUCGUCUCAACCCCCAAAAACGUCCUUCCACUCCGUGUGCUUCAUCCCACCCAAAUUUUGAUAGAGUUUCUCCAGCUCCAUCUGCCCAAAGGUCAACACCAACACCUUAUUCCCCAAUAAGUUCAUCCCUUACUGAAGACCUUCGGCAUUCCACACCAAAAAUCUACCGCUCAAAGUCAGCACCACGUCUGGACAUAGAGUAUAGUCAGGAGCUGUCACAAACUGCACCUCAGCAAAGCCAAGAAGCUUUUUUCCAGAACAUGCCAAGGCGGUUAAGACUGUUUUACUUCUGGGCCAGAACCCGGAUCUUUCAGAGACUGAUCAUGGUUUGCACUGUUAUUUGGAUUGCCCUCAUCGUGUACAAAACAGGGCUUGUGGAGCAGCUAGCAAAUCUUGAAGACUCCUCCAUGUCAUCACCUGCCACUGGCCAGCAGCACCUUCAUCAAUGGGGAGACCAUCCUUUCUCCUCAGACAUGAUGCGUGAGCGAUCACUUGAGCAGGAAGCUGACAGUCCAUCCUUACUUGGGAAGGGAAUGUGGUGGGGUCGUGAUGGAGGUGAAGAGCCACUAGAGGCUGGUCUGGUGGAGCACACACAGCUAGAGGCCUGGCGAGGCUUAUCUCACAAACACUGGCCUCGUCUUCUGGCUUUAUACAAUAUCAGCAUACUUGGCAGGUACAUCAGUAUUUUGCCCUCCAUUCAUCUCUCCAUCAUUGUUGACCCUCAAGUAGCACUACAAGAACGGCAUCCUAGUGAGUCUCAGGGCUAUCUGUUACCAUCACAGUCUCUGCCUACUCAGGAAAGCCACUCCUCUACAGAAAACAAGCAGCAGAAUAUUUGGAGCUAUUCCUCAGACAACACCCAGUACACAAUGUACAAUCCAGAGCAACUAAAAGCAUUCUAUCCUAAGUCAAAGCGAGAGUUUGUUAUCACCAUCUGCUUGAGUGUUCUGUCUGUCAUUGUCAUCACCUACUUUAUGGUGGCUCUGUACAAGUGCAUGUGCUCUCGAAAUUAUUCUCGCUGGCGACACUCUUUGGCAAGAUACAAGGCUCGCCGUCAACGAGCAAAGGGAACUUAUUAUAAACAAAUCAAAGAUGCAGUGCCAAUCAUUUUGACUGGUCAUAAUCAGGAAAUUGAGUGUGUAGCAGUGGAUGGACAAUUUGUUGUCAGCUGCUGUCUGGGUGGUCAGUUACGCAUGUGGGAUUCUAACACUGGUGAAUGCAUCUCCAUCAUGCAGCGCUACAGUAUCACUCCGCCCAGACGUCGAAGGCCAUGUGUUGGUCGCAAUAUUGAAGAUAGUGAUGCAGACCUCUAUGCUGAGUAUCAUGGGGAUAAGAUGACUCCAGAGAGCACAAGUUCCUCAGAAGGAUCAUUUAUAGACAGAAAUAGGCUGUUGGAACGGCGUUCAGAGAGGAAUCGACACGUCAUUGACAGAUAUCGUGACCUUGGCUUGGAUCUGGUCAGCUCUAUCAACACUGACUUUGUUGCCAUGGAUCCACAGCCAGAUGCAGACCACACACAGGGUUAUGAUUUCAAAAGGUGGUUGGACGGAGUCAGCACUGAGCAUUUUCAGCCUUUGUCAGAUGUGCCAUUUGCAAAUCGUAAGAUACCCAGUGCUGAUGGGAAUUGCACUGUACCACCUGGGGAGGAUGUGCGUGCUCGUAGUUGGAGCCAAGGUGACAGUACUAUAAUAGGGGAUCCACUUCUGGCAGAGGAUGGUUCAGAAGGUGCUCGGGCAUCUGCCAUUUGGUGCCUGACUGUGAAAGAUGGCCUCAUAAUUGCUGGCUGUGGCAAUGGAAGGAUUGAGAUGUGGGAGGGAGAAACUGGCAGACUGAAGUACCAGUACAAUGUUUCUUCAUCUGGUGUCACUGCAGUCUGCUUUACUGGGAACAGGAUUAUUGCUGCUCGGGUUGAUGGAAGCCUUGAUGUCUUUGAGCUGGAGACAUUUCAGAAUUCUUCUGUUCUUUCUCCAUCAUCAGCAGUAUCAGCUCGCCCUCACAGAGGACAUACAAGACAAUACAGUGCUGGAAAUCUGCGACCAUUGCGACUUUGGGAGGAAGUUGUUCGCCUGAACUGUAUUGCAUCUUUUCGUGCGCAUCAGCGGCCCAUAACAUGCUUACAGUGUGAAGGCAAUCGAAUUGUGACAGCCAGCCAAGACCACACGCUAAAGGUAUAUCGGCUUGAUGGGCGUGAUUGCCUGUACACACUCUAUGGACAUGAGGACCAUGUGACAGCCCUUUGUCUUGAUAAGUGUCCACCCUAUGCAGCAGCCAGUGGCUCAGCUGAUGGCACAAUGCGUUUGUGGGAUCUUGUUACUGGCUCCUGCAUCCAUAAGUUCAUGUGGCACAAGCAAGCUAUUAUCCGAUUAGCUACAUCCUUACAGUUUAUUGUUAGCUUGGGUCAAGAUGACUGUAUGUGUGUCUUGGACAGGACUCGUGGACAGCUUCUUCACAAAAUCUCCAUGGAGUCGUUUGGAAGCAGUUUGGUGCUGAUGCCGCACAAUCUUGCAGUGACAGGUGCACAGGGUAAGCUGGAACUGUGGGAUUUGUCAAGAGGGUGUCUUGUUCGGCCAGUGCCUUUUCAGGAUGGGGACUCUGCUUUUAUAACACACCUUGAAACUCUGAACUCCAAUUCACUAGUAUGUGCUGCAGGCACAAGUCUCAAGGUCAUUUCCUUUCCAACAACUUUAGAGAAAGCAGAAUGAAAAAAAAAUGCAUGGAAGAAAAGCCAAAAAAUAGUUAAAACUUAAACAGUAUAUAAAGUAACAUCAAAGGGCAACGAAGGUGUCCUUACAUAGGACUUUUCAAAGUCAAAGAAUGAACUGUGGUUAAAAUGUGGAGAAAUGAAAAGAGUGGCCUUAAGCAUUUUUGUUUAUUUAUUUCUGUAGCUUUUUGUGUUGUCCAUUUUUUUCUGGUUGUGAAGACAUAUUCAUUUUGAAUAGUUCUUUAAAGUGAAUAAUCAAAUUGUGUUGAAAACAUCAUGUAAAAAACUUUUUGAAAAAGCAACAACCAAAAAGCUUGGAUUUCAAGACAUUUUCACAUUAUGAUCUAGGGAAAGAUGCAGGAUGAGAAUGAACUGGAAACAUAAGACAGUAGUUUUUGGUUUGGAAAAACAGCAAGCAUUAAAACAAAAAGAUAAAUUAGAUAAUUUGUACAUAUGUAUGCUAACAACUUCAUUUAUUCUCUACCAUUCUACUUAAAGGGCCAUUUAAUGUUACUAAUACCAAUUUCUUUAAUUGGGUGAUCUGUGUUAGCAUAAUUUUUGGCAGCAGCAGCCUCUUUUGUAUUAUGGAAAUGACAGCAUCAUUCAUGAUUGUUUUAAAACUGGAUCACCAAGAAAACCUGUUCACCUUUUAUUUAUAAUAACAUAAUAAUCAUCAGAGCUAUUUUUCUGGAAGUGUUAUUACCUGUGUGUUCAAUGUGCCUACCAUCCCAUUUUUCUAAGUUCUUGAAUUUGUAAAAAAUAUGUGAAUUGCUUGUACAGUUUAUUACAUCCUUGUAUUUCAUUUUUUUUUCUUUUGACAACAACAAAAGCAACAAAGGAGAAUAAAACCAGUCUGUUUGAAUCCACAGUCUUCAUAGUCCUGCAGUCAACAUUCAUUUACCUGCUCUCUAUACUGCUUGCUGGCAAUUACAGAGCAAUCUAGAAAGUAAAAAAAUAUAUAUUAGAAAAAUGAUAUUUAGAAUUUUGUCUCUGAGACAUUUUUUCAGUGCAGCAUCUCAAUUAGAACCAAUUAGAACCAAACAAGUUUGGAGUCAAGUACAGGUUUUAAUCCCUCACAAAGUUUAUAAGGCACUUGUUGAAGUAACCUCCCUCCAUUAUGAAAGUAUCCUCCCUUCAAUGAGUUCAUGAAACUUAUCCUAAUAGCAGAGAAAAGUAAUAGUUGUUUUCUUUAGAACUGAAAUGAUUUAUUGGUAAAUAAUGGCAGGGCUAGCCCAGGGUUUAUGCCUGCAAAAUAUGACCCCAAAAGUGUAGCGUUUAUUUGUUUACCAAAUUGCAUUACCAGAAUACCCAAAAAUCAUGGUUAUGAGCUGAUUCUGAAGAAGGUGACUUAAUCAUGUCAGAUGUGAUGAACUUACAUGUUUGCUGGUCUGCAUCCUGUUCAUAGACAAUACAGGAAGACCAGAAAUACAUUGCUUUAGAGAUAUAGAUGUGCCAGAUGCUGCAUUGACUUCACUUGCAUACAUGGUCAUAUGAAAACACAAGAUAUUUACUAGAUCAAGAUUCUCACCUUUUAAAAGAAUCACCAGGUUUCUUGACCAUUUCACAUUUUACAGUUUCACAUCGACAUUCUCUCUGAGUGGCAUACCAAUAGGCACUAUUACACUGCCACAUCGGAGCUUUUUAGUGCAAAAAUGUGAAUAAGCACCGAUUCGGUCUCGGUGAUAUGGACAUCCAAUCAACUAUAUUUGCGUCAGUCAUGCAGUUUUCAGGAAAGGAAGGGGGGGGGGGGAUAUAAGGGUGCUACUUUUUGACGCUACAGUCUUGUUGACAAUAUUGUUGAUUUUAUAUCUGCUACCAUUGUCUCUGUGAUGGGUCCUUAGUUGUUUAUGGAUUUCAUCUUUCUUAGUCAUAGAUAUUAAAAUGACUGUUCUGAGGUGGGGUUUCUUGUACUUUUCAAGGAAAAUAUUUUUGCCUAAGAUGUAUGUGUUUUAUUGUACAUCUGGAAAAUUUGUAAAAAAAGAAAAUGUAGGAGCAAUCUGUACAGACUGUUGAUUUGUGGGGGGUUUUUUUUCUGUUGCAGACUUAUUCUGUAUCUUUUUGUUUGCAUGCUUUGAUCGUUUUCUUAUUGCAUCUUGAUCUGUGUCAUAAACAUGGAGAAACCAUUCAGUUAGUCCCCUACUUAUGAACAUUCAAGUUCCAAACUUUGGUGCAUGUAAACAAAGUUGAGCUCAAGCUCAAAAGUAGUUCAUAAGGAUUGUCUUAAAGUUAGCAUGUAACGAUAGUUUGCAUGUCCGCUGAGUGGCGGCAGCAGGAGGGAGCAUGGGUAUGCACAUCCUAAACAAUAGCUGUAAGAUUUUAUAAACUUUAGUUUAUAUCUGUACUAUAAUUAUAAACUGUUAUAAACUUUAUUUCAUGUACUUGAAGGUUGUUCAAGCACAUUAAAAACAACUGAAAACUAUUGGUUUAUAUUGGUACGUCCAAAAGUAGAGCUGGUUUUACAUGUACCAUACUGUAAUCACGAUACACAUCCAUCCCAGUCUCAAACAAAUGCACAUACAAACAGCCUCCUGAAAUGGAACCUGUUGAUAAGUUUGGGACAUACUGUACUUAUUUUUGCAAAAUUACUCAUGGAGGUGCUCCAAAAACAGUAGACUUAUGGAGUAGUAUCACAAUCCCAAAAUGCCUUGCUGUAUGUGAUAAUUUAUUUUUUAUGGCAGGGAAAAGACAGUUGUGUGCUAUGUGACCAUUUAGAAAUCAGUGCAACUAAAAGACCAUGUGUUUGUUGCUGAACUUUCAGAAUUAACUGACUUCAGCUGAGUUAAGAUGUUAAUACCAUAAUCUUCAUGUAAAACUUCUUUGCUCUGCAUUAUGUACAUUUCAAGCAAUAACGUUAGGUAUUGUUCUUUUAAUAAAAUCUGCUCUGAUGCAGCUCGGUUUGCUUGAGAUAGUCUCCCAGAAGCCUUCCAGGGGAUACUCUGAGCACCAAAUCUACUGACUCGUUAACAAUGAUCUCAGUCCUCUUAAAGAUGGUUACAUUUUGUAUGUGCACAUUGUACAAGAAAAGUCAUAUUAGCAUGAAUUCAUUUGUUUGCUAUUUUCUUAUGCAGAUAUGCAAAGCUAGUGUGAUACACAACUUAUGUAAAUUAUUUGAAUGCUUCAGAAUAUCAUUUAGUAUCAUUUGCAUUGUACUAAUCCAUUUAGGAGAAAUUUGAAAAUACCAUAAGUUUGUUAAACAGCCCUUCUGUCAGUAACUUAUGACCAUUCCAUUCUACAACCCUUCUAUGCUUACAUGAUUCAGACAUGGAUGAGAGAGAGAGAGCUGUUAAUGUAUGCAUAUUCAUGUUCUGUUUUAAGGACACAAAUGUGGCAAGACAGUCAACAUUAGUCUAUGUCUAAAGGCACAUCUUUUAAUUAAAAUCCUCACAUUUUUGUUAUCUGAAGUUAUGUACAUUCUGUGCAAACUUAUUAUCUUCCAAUGUCACCUUACCUAAAAGAAACAAUGCAUGUAAAAUGAUCUUCAGACUUCCACUAAAUGUGACUAAUCAACAAACAAAAUCAGGAAGUGCAAACUGUUCAGUUUAUUCUUGUACGCUAAUUAAAGCAGCUUCUUGUUUCAUGCAUUUUUGUUGCAGUAUUAUAUAAAUGAUGACUGUGCCUGUAUUGUGAUAAAUUGUGAAAUUUGUGAAUUAAGCCUGGAGAUAUUGUUUCUGCAGCUGUAUUAUAUAUAUAUCUCUGAGUUUGUGUGCACUUUUGUGCCUUAUGUGACAAAAGAUUUACUGGAAAUUCACAUAAAAAAGCAGCUCAAAAUAAGGCAUGUAUUUUUCUAGAAACUUGCAACUUUAAGUUGGAAUUUAUUAGAUGAAGAUUAUGAGCUAUUAAAUUUUAAGGCAUAAAACAGA